UCCAACUACUGAUUUUUUAAGUGGAGUUAAAGCUGUGAAACUUGUUUGUACAAUAGUUUUUGUUACGUGACAAGUUUAAUUUAACCAUAAUGUAUAAGGUAUCUGUUUUUAUUGUUUUAUUAGGUCAGUGAUCAAAAUGCAUCUUAGCACAGUGUCUAUAUGGCGUUUUGCAUUCUGCCCAAUUCCACAGGUUACUGAAGUGAUGAAAUCUUAUAGACUCAACAAAAACUGUGUCAAUGUUGUUCAGCUGAUUUGGUUAUUUGAAAAGAAAAGAAAAAAACACAAAUAAUUGUAUUUGGUUAAAUUGCAGUUAUUCCCCUGUCUCACACUUUCAUCUCUGUCUCACAGCUUAUUUUAAUUUCUAAUAUCCUGCUUCAGUAUAGACAUGCUAUUGGUGCAAAACAGAGCGAGUGGAUCCGCCCUCUCUGAGCCUGCACUUAAGAUUUUGGUAUGAAGGUUUCAGAGCAACAUGACUUCAUCUCAGGGUUGAUGCAACAUCUGGACUGACUAUCGUGAUGGAUCUCUGUCCUCUCCUGAGGCUGAAGGUGCUGCUGCUGACUGUGUUUCUGUUCAAAUCUACCACCGUCACGUGGCUGCAAGCGGAUUCCAUCACAGGAGUCGAUGGCAAUCUUCAUUGUUUUAAUGAUUACCUGUACACCGUCAACUGCUCACUGAAAAUUACACCAGAAAACAACUCAGCAUGCAACAACUCCUACCGGCUCACAUUUACAGAAACACAGGACCAGAAGACGUUUGAGUGUGUGUUGACCAACACCAAAGAUGGUUAUUUCUGCUCCAUCAUAACAUUGGCUGUGACGACUGAAGAUGACUAUUACUCAGAAACAUUUACAGAUUCAAAUGUCUAUGAAAUCUCGCUUUGUCACCACAAAGUUAAUGGGUCUGACUUCUGUGAGCUGUUGGAUGAGAAAUAUUAUCCAGAAAAACACAUCAAACCAAACAUGCCAUGCUGCCUCACAGUUAGGCACAACUCAAGCCAACACCACUUCACUUGGAAAAGCACCUAUGAGGAAUACAGCUCUUCCACCCUACUGACAGAUAAUCUGCAGUUUCAGCUGAUCUUCUACAAAACGGGAAACAAACAUGAGGGAGUAAUACAUAUUAACACAGACAUUGGAGAAUAUUCUGUGAAUGAUGAGAAAUUUGUGCCAGACACUGAUUACGCUGCCAGAGUUCGGUCCAGUCCUAACAUGGUUCAUUACACGGGGCAGUGGAGUGACUGGUCCUCUGAGGUUCUCUGGAAAACGGAGCCAGCAGUGGAAGGUUUAUCAACAAAUACGUCCACUGUUGAACUGCGUAUGGUGUUUAUAGCUUUAUGCAUGAUGGCGAUACUCGUCUUACUUUUGUGCUUUGCAUCUGUGAAAAAGUGGAGGCAGGGCACCUUUAUCCCAACUCCAGCUCCCUAUUUUCAUACCUUGUACACUGACUGCAAGGGAGAUUUCAAGAGCUGGGUCAUUACACAAGAAAACACAGCAGACAUGCUGAAGGCAGAGGAGACGCUCCAAAUCGACACUCUGAUCAAAGGUGUCGAGAUCCAGGAAGAUGAGUGUCCACCCAUCUUUCAACAGCAUUUAAUGGAGGGCAGUGCAUAUAACAACAUACCGACCCAAAUGCGUGAUUCUGAUCUCCUGAGCAUGCCGUACACGGACGACAGCAUUGGUCAGGAGCAUUCAGUACAAACUCUGCCGGUGUUCAUCCAGUCAGGCAGCCCUGCCGAAGACUCAGGCUGCUGGCUCUGCAGCGACACAUCCCUGGAGAAGGAGCCUCCGUGGUACUGCAAUGAGUACUGCACCUUGAGCUGCUUCCAACAGUCUGGCUCUGACCAUCCUAAGUGCCUAAAUCCUGAGCCCUGUCCAGCAAGGAUUAUCAGUGUGGAUGCCUUUGGGGAAGCAUGAACCCAUUAAUUUCAAAGAUAGUAAAAUUUUAUAAUAAACCUUGAUAUAUACUACAAUCAGCACAAUGCUACUGUACACUUGUAAAUGAACUUUUCCCUACUAAAGAUGAAGCUACUGUAAAAUGCUUUUAUGUAUAAUUUUCAUUAAAUUGAUUGCACUUCGUGCCAUAUGUGCCAAAAUAGGUCUCAAAGCAAAAAUUCUUUCUGAAUAUUUUUUCUAACACUGGUCAAGUUGUAUUGUGUUCAAUAAAGAAAA